AUGCAGCACCGAUCGGACGAAGAGGUAUGGGAUAGUACGCUUUUUCGUCGACUGGCGGGUGACGUUGGGGCCGCAAUAGCUUCUGCAACUCUAGUCGCACCAGCGGUGACAAUAAUAGACAGGGCAAUUGUCGAGAAAUCUUCGUGGAACCAGUCUCUCCUCCGUGGAUUAAGACGACAUGCGCUUCAAGCAUUCAAAAGCCCCGCGCGGUUCGUCUUCCAACUACCAUUCGGCAUAAUCUGGUCCCUCUAUGCAGCAACAUACAUCGUCGCAAAUGGAACCGAUACAAUCAGCACCAAGCUCAAAGCCUCCGGGACAGGGAUGAUCACAUUCGCAACAACAACCCUAGUGAACGUGCCAAUGGGGGUAUGGAAGGACAUCCGCUUCGCAAAAAUAUUCGGCACCCAAACCUACGCGCACGACGUCGAAGCAGUACGGCCUGCACUCGUACAGAAUCGUGGUGUUGCGAGAGCAGCUACGGCAAUUUUUCUCCUGCGUGAUGGAGUCACCAUUUUCGGAUCCUUCACACUUGCGCCAAAAUUAUCCGCUGCGAUUCCUGAUAGCGUCACUUCGCAUCCACAGGCAAAACCGGUUAUCUCGCAGUUGACCGUUCCAGUUCUGACUCAAUUCGUAGCCACGCCGUUGCAUUUGCUGGGGUUGGAUCUUUAUAUGCGGCAGCAUGCUGUGCCAUUAGUUGAUCGGGUUGUGCAGUCACAGAGGUAUCUUGCUUCUACGACUGUUGUGAGGUGUAUUCGGAUUUUACCUGCCUUUGGAUUUGGAUGUUUGGCGAACUUGGAACUGCGGUCGCUUUUUCAUAGAAAUUUGAAUGGAUGA